GUGGAGAUCACUAAAAGUUAUGGUACAAAUGAGUGGCGUGACGACCUUAAGCGAAUCCUACGCAAAGCCACCGAGACGGACAAUCAUGCUGUUUUCCUAUUCACCGAUAGCCAGAUUAAGCGAGAAAGCUUCUUGGAAGACGUCAACAACCUGCUGAAUGCCGGCGAGGUGCCCAACCUCUAUCCAACUGACGAAAAGCAGGAAGUCUGCGAGAAGAUGCGCCAGGUUGACAGAGUCCGUGACCGUAACCGUCAGACGGACGGAUCACCUGCGGCAUUAUUUAAUUUCUUCAUUCAGCGCGUCCGUGAACAGCUCCACGUUGUGCUGGCGAUGAGCCCCAUCGGCGAGGCCUUCCGGAGCCGAUUGAGAAAAUUUCCCUCCCUUGUAAACUGCUGCACCAUAGAUUGGUUCCAGGCCUGGCCGGAAGAUGCUUUGACCGCGGUGGCGACUCGGUCAUUGAGUGAGAUCCAAAUGGACGAUGAGGCUUGUGACAGCAGCAUCCAGCUCUGUAAAUAUUUCCAUACUAGCACCUGUACGCUUUCUGAUCGCUAUCGGAUCGAAGUGGGCCGGUACAACUACGUCACGCCUACCUCGUAUUUAGAACUGAUUACCACCUUUAUGACGCUUUUGGAGAAAAAGCGAACGGAGGUGCUCAGCCUAAAGCGCCGCUAUGAGGUCGGCUUGGCCAAAUUGGGAAAUGCAGCAGGUGAGAUCGCGGAAAUGUCACAGGAGCUACAGGAGCUACAGCCUCGGUUGGUGCAGGCCAGUAAAGAGGUAGAUGCUACCAUGGUCACGGUGGAGCUGCAGAGCACAGAAGCCGCAAAGCAGGAGAAGAUCGUCCGUGCCGACGAGGCCGUGGCCGGUGAACAGGCCAGAGCGGCCGAAGCGAUUAAAGUGGAAUGUGAUGCCGAUCUGGCAGAGGCAAUCCCGAUCCUCGAGUCUGCGAUAAGGGCACUCGAGACCCUGACUCCGGCGGUAAGUGGAACACAUCUCAUUCGAAUCAUUGAGUUCUAUGGGGAACAUGUUGCUUGGAGAUUCGAAGAUAAUCUUUUUCGUUUGAAGUAG